AUGUCUAUGAUGUGGAAUUCCGAAGGCGUGCCUCCCACAACCUUUCUGCCAAGUGGGGGGAACGGGACGUCCAGCUCUACCUCGAUACCUUCACAGGCCUCCCCAACUCGGGAUGCCGAUCUUGCGGCAGCACUGAUCAUCUUUCUGAUACCUGCCCUUUAUCUCCUCGUAGGUCCCGGGAUGCCCUUACCCAAUCCGACCUGUGUUACAACUUUAACAAAGGCCGACCCUGUGCUCGCACCCCAUGCCCUUACCAACACAGGUGUAACCAGCCGGGAUCCUCAGCAGCUCACUCUGGGGAAGAUCACACUAAACUCACCCGCCACAGAGAGGACAGACCUAAAUCGUCUUCAAGCUCUGGCAAUUCCUCCCGAGGACACUCCUAAUUACCUCUCCCAACUGACCCCUCCCACACCCAUUGAUAUCAACAAAUUUGCAUCCUAUCUUCAGGGCCAUCCAGAUCAUACAACAGUUAAUCAUCUUCUCACCGGGUUUUCUCAGGGCUUUAAGAUUGGCUAUUCAGGUCCAAGGGCCCCCAAAGAAUAUUCUAACCUUCCCUGUGCAAAUAUCAACCCAUCUAUUAUUGACAAAAACAUGCUAAAAGAGGUUACCCUGGGCCACACAGCAGGGCCUUUUCACAUCCCUCCCUUCUCC